GGUCUCCUAGCAACUGGAUGUAGGGGGCAUGGCACUCUUAACACCCCAGGGAGUAAAAAGAGUCUACCAGUGUCAGAAACCAGAAGGUAGGGAGUAUCUACGGAGACUGCUGAACUGGGAAGAGUUUGAUGAAGUGAGAGACUCCCGCAGAAGCAUUCUGCUGGAUACCCUCUACGAAAGCAUCAUCUUUGCCGUGGGCAAAGGCUUCCCAUGGGUGGAAGUGGUCAAAGUGGUCAAGUUCACUGAAGAGCUGCUCAAGGAAACAAAAGGCUGCUCCAUCACUGAGGCUGUGACUAUCCUGGGGAGCAAACUCAGAGAUUACCAGGGGCAGUUUAAUACCACUCACUUGCUGGCCCUCUGUGACUAUUUCCACAACACCUUCAUCCACCACUACAAACUCUACCAGUAUGUGCUGGGCCAGGACCAGGAAGUCAACCUGACUGUCACCCACCUGGAAGUGUGUGCACCACCCCAGCCCCUCCCACUGGCCAAGGGCAUAGACCGGGACAUCUGGCAGCUUGAGCAGCAAAUGGCAAAGCUCAGUAUGGCUGAGGUACAGAAACGCACCAAUGUGCGGCUUCUGAAGGAGGCGCUGCACCUGGAACAGGAGCACAAGCUACAGAAAAUGUUCUCUGAGGUGGCCAAGCAGCCCAGCCAGGUUUUGAAGAGAGAGGAGUUAGAAAAUCUCAUCAAUGAGGCCAUUCACAUUCAGAUCGAAUGCCUGAAGGAACUGCUGCAAUAUGAGAUACAGGUAACUUUUGAUAUUUUGAACCUGAAACUUCAGAAGAAGACUUUGAACCUCAAUGCUCCUAUCCCUUUCCCCCUCUCUAUCACUGGCCAACCAGGCCAAGAUGAAUUUAAGUUCUACAAAACAAACAAAGGAAAGAAACCAAAAGCAAAGAAGAAGUAGAGAGCCCCUGAUGUCCACUGACUAAAGACUCUGAUUGAGGAAAAGCCAUUGACAAUUAUGAAAGUAUUACGUGAUGUGCUCAGCACCCUGUAAACCAGAACUUUCUAGUGAUUAAAAGAAAUAAAACAACAGUCAUCAUA